CUUUUCUGGCCAACAUCUGAACAAAGGCCUGCCCCUUUUCAGGAGGAUUUCUCUACCGCAAUCGUUACUUUACGUGUAAUCACGAUUACUAAAUCGGAUUACGCUACUUUUAUUAUAUUUCAAGACGUCGAUAACAACAGAGAUGAUUUCCGAAAUGGAGGUUGAUCACAAUGAAAGCAGCGUCGAGAUCAAAUCGGCCAUGCAUACUUGGCGUUAUCGCCACCAUUUCACGUACAAGGCAGAUCAAGGAAAAAAUAUCAUCGUCCAGUGUAAUCUAUGUCUGCCGAGGGUAAAUCUGCUAUCCACGUCGAAAACCUCCACAUCAAACCUAAAGAAGCAUUUAGACAGAACACACUUGGGCUGCGAAGCCAGGCCUGAUGUGAAGAGGGGGAGGAAGAAAGAAGAGUAUAACGGUGAGGAGAGUAGGCACUGCCAACUAAAAAAACUAAAAGCAGAAAUCAUCUCUAAAUGCAUGACCCAAACAAAAAUAGAUGAGCUGAUUUUCAACUUCAUUGUGGAGGAUUGCCAGUCAUUUUACGUACUGGAGCAACCUGGCUUCAGGAAGCUGGUUGCCGGCUUAACUGAAGGGCUUAGGUCCAUGGACAGAGUGACCUUGUUCACAAAGGUGGACCAGGGUUUCUCCAGGAUGCGGGAAGAGCUGAUGGACAAACUCAGCAACAUCCAGUAUGUGUGCACAACGGCUGACAUCUGGACAGCCAACAGCAGGAGCUUCUUCGGGAUGACCUGCCACUGGAUCGACAAACACUCUUUAGAGAGGAAAUCUGCGGCUCUGGGGUUUGCACGGCUGCAGGGCAGGAUCACGCACGACACCAUUGCUGGACGCAUACAUGACAUCCAUGUGGCGUACAAUAUUGAAAGUAAAGUUCAGACCACAGUCACUGAUAAUGGCAGCCCCUUCAUCAGCGUGUUCAGGGAGUUUGCAGUGGACAGCAAAGAAAGUGAUGAUGACAUUGGUUUCUAUGAGAAUGUGAGCACCGUCCUUGAGGGUGAGCCAGAGCAGGAUAUGCUCCUGUUUCUUCCCACUGUGCAGCGCUGUGCCUCACACACCCUGGAGCUGAUUGUCACUGAGGACUUCUGGCAGGCUGUGUCCCAGGGGCCCAUGUGCCAGCUACAUUACAGCACAAUGGCCAAGGUGUACGCCAUCUGGAACAAAUGCCACCAUCUCCAGGUCGGUAUGGAUUCAGCAGAGGAGAUUGGAAAGAUGGCUCUUGUUGUUCCGGCUGUCAUACGCUGGAAUGUGGAGUACUGUGCUGUGCAGAAAAUCGUCUCCCUCUCUGAGCGGGAGCUGACAGAGUUGUGCGCCCGGCUGGAGGUCCCGCGCAUGCAGCCAGAGGAGAUGGCCUUCCUGAAAGAAUAUGUGACAGUGUUCCACCCGCUCGCUUUUGCACUUGAACUUUUCCAAGCGGAGCAGAAAUGUUACCUGGGUCUUGUUAUCCCGACCGUACUCAGCCUGAAGAACAAGCUAAAUGAGCAGAAAGACUCUGCUAAUUACUUAAGCGGGGUCAUCAACGCCAUCGUGGUGGCUAUUGAUUUGCGGUUCCAGGAGCUGUUCGCCAGCACAGAAGCAAAGAUUGCAACAGCAACGACUCCUCAGUUUCGUUUGCUGUGGAUGGCUGCCUCUGACAGGGAGGAGAUGUGCGCGCUGCUGGCUACAGAGGCAGCCCAGAUGGACCCCGGCAACAUUACCGAGGCAAACACCAGCCGGAACUCGUCAAACACCAUUGAAACGGAAGAUGACUUCUUCAGCUACGGGUCUGUGAAGCCUGCCAUUCAGAUCCAGCAACGGGGAGUGAUGGAGGAAAUCCGCAAGUAUGUGGAAGGAACGGGGAAGAGCCUAGAGUGCCUUCAGGACUUCCCCAGAAUGAAACAGCUCUUCUUAAAAUACAACACAACUCUGCCAUCCACGGCCCCCGUCCAGCGUCUCUUCAGUCAGAAAGGCAACCUGGUCACCUCACAGAGAAACUUUCUGACCGACGAUUACUUCGAACGCAUUCAGCUCUUGAGAUACAACAGUAACGUGUGCACUUUGGUCACUGACUGAAUACAUUGCCAGUGACUCUAUCAUUCAGCCUUUUAAUUGAUUCAAAAUAAAAACCAUUUUUUUGCUCAAAGUCAUUACAGAUAAACCCUUAGUAACAUCUCAAUUCAGACAAUUAAGCCCAGAUGUGUUUUUUUUUUAUAUUACUCUUAUCUUUUUUAAUAGGCAUAGUGUAUACCUCCCUGUCUUAAUGGCCUCAUGAAAAAUAUUUGUUGACAAUCACGGAGAAUGACAUUCAAAGACUUUAAAGUGACAAAAGCAUCUUUCUAGCUGUGCUAUUGUUGUGAUUUGAAGUAGCCACAGGGUUAAACCCAAGUGAUUUCCUCUUUCAGUUAGGUUUGUUUUUUCUACAGGUGCUCAAUGAGAAUGCAUCUCCUGUCUGUAUGUUUUAUAUCAUAUAUAAAAAGACAAGGAAAGAGC